UAGGGAAAAAAAAAAUUGAUGAGACGAAUAAAGAAUCUCCACGAGGCCACAGUGCCAAGCUAAGUCAACUGGUAGAUUCCUCCGAUCAUCGAUCUCCACAUUUGCUCAUCCCAUAAUACAACAUCCCAACACAGCAAAAUGGAUUUUCGAAGAUACCCAGAAUCGAAUUUUUGUUCAACCCCAAUAAAAAUCGGUUCUUUAUUUCCCAUCGUCGUUCUUCUCUCACUUCUCUCGACACUCUCUGAAUCGAACCAGUUUUGUGAUGCCGGAAUUGGAAUUGCCGAAUCGCAGUGUGGAGCUGCUUCUGCUUCCCCAUCAAAGAUUUUGAUAAAGGGGGGUACAGUUGUAAAUUCACACCAUCAAGAGAUUGCUGAUGUGUACAUUGAGGAUGGCAUCGUUCUUGCUGUGCAGACCAACAUCAAGGUUGGUGAUGGAGUUACGAUUAUCGACGCAACCGGGAAGUACGUCAUGCCAGGGGGAAUCGAUCCACACACGCACUUGGCUAUGGAGUUUAUGGGCACAGAAACAAUCGACGAUUUUUUCAGCGGGCAAGCAGCAGCAUUAGCAGGUGGGACCACAAUGCACAUCGAUUUCGUUAUCCCUGUAAAUGGAAACUUAACAGCUGGAUUCGAAGCUUACGUCGAAAAAGCGAAAAUAUCUGCCAUGGAUUAUGGUUUCCACAUGGCAAUCACUAAAUGGGACGAAGCUGUUUCGAAAGAUAUGGAAGUCAUGGUCAAGGACAAAGGGAUUAAUUCUUUUAAAUUUUUCAUGGCCUACAAGGGCUCGUUAAUGAUAAACGAUGAUCUUUUGCUCGAGGGUUUCAAGAAAUGCAAAUCGCUCGGUGCAUUGGCUAUGGUUCACGCAGAGAACGGUGAUGCCGUUUUUGAAGGGCAAAAACGAAUGAUUGAACUCGGGAUCAUGGGUCCCGAGGGUCACGCACUUUCUAGGCCACCACAGCUUGAGGGUGAAGCAACUGGUCGAGCGAUUCGAUUGGCUGGUUUCGUGAACACUCCCCUGUAUGUUGUUCAUGUCAUGAGCAUCGAUGCAAUGGAAGAAGUAGCUAAAGCUCGAAAAUCAGGUCAGAAGGUUAUUGGGGAGCCUGUAGUUUCGGGUUUAGUAUUGGACGAUACUGUCCUUUGGGAUUCCGAUUUUCAGACAGCAGCAAAAUUUGUGAUGAGUCCACCUAUUAGAGCACCCGGACAUGGUAAAGCUCUUCAAGCAGCUCUCUCGAACGGGGUUCUACAGCUAGUGGGAACUGAUCACUGCACAUUCAAUUCGACACAAAAAUCUCUCGGAAUUGAUGAUUUUCGGAAAAUACCAAAUGGUGUCAAUGGUCUUGAGGAGAGAAUGCAUUUGGUUUGGGAUACGAUGGUGGUGUCUGGACAAAUAUCUGUCACCGAUUUUGUCCGAAUGACGAGCACCGAGUGUGCCAGGAUUUUCAACAUAUAUCCAAGAAAAGGUGCAAUAUUAGUUGGUUCAGAUGCAGAUAUCAUCAUCUUAAACCCUAAUUCGAGCUUCGAAAUCUGUUCGAAAUCCCACCAUUCUAGAUCAGAUACAAAUGUUUACGAGGGAAGAAAAGGGAAGGGAAAAGUUGAAGUGACGAUUGCUGGAGGAAGAGUUGUGUGGGAAAACGACGAGCUAAAAGCUGUUCCAGGAAGGGGCAAAUACGUAAAAAUGCGUCCUUUUAACUAUCUUUUCGAUGGAAUUGAAAAAGCAGAUGCCGAGUAUUUAUCGUCCCUAAGAGCUCCGGUAAUACGAAGAACCAUGCAUGUAGCAGCCUGAUCAGCUUCAUUUAUGCUUCAAACUGCUUCAAAGUUGUCAAGAAACAUAUUUUGAUUGUUUUCAAUGUACAUUUAGGCCACGUUUGGUUUAGCCAAGAUAAGAUUAAAUAGUCUAGCGAAACCUAAUUAUUUUAUUGGAACUCGCAACGUCCGAUAAAACUGUUUCAAUUUUGGCGGGUCGGCCCGGUAAUUUAUUGGGGAUACCAAACAUCAAAUUAAGUCCAACUAUUUAGUUAAUCUUGGCAACCAAACGCGGCCUUAGAAUUGUGAAUAAUUCCGUUCAUGUGAAUAAAACUGUUUCAACUU